AUGACCGACAGCUGUUACUAUUUGACUGACAGCUGUUGCUAUGUGACCUACAGCUAUUACUAUCUGACCGACAGCUAUUACUUUGUGACCGACAGCUGUUACUAUGUGACUGGCAGCUGUUACUAUGUGACCUACAUCUAUUACUAUGUGACCGACAGCUAUCACUAUGUGACCGACAGCUGUUACUAUGUGACCUACAGCUAUUACCACGUGACCGACAGCUAUCACAAUGUGACCUACAGGUGUUACUUUGUAACCGACAGCUGUUACUUUGUGACCGACAGCUGUUACUAUGUGACUGGCAGCUGUUACUAUGUGACCUACACCUAUUACUAUGUGACCGACAGCUAUCACAAUCUGUGUUACUAUGUGACCGACAUCUGUUACUAUGUGACCGACAGCUGUUACUAUGUGACCGACAGCUACCACAAUGUGACCUACAGCUGUUACUAUGUGACCGACAGCUGUUACUAUGUGACCGACAGCUGUGUUGAUAUCUGUUACUAUGUGACCGACAGCUGUUACUAUUUGACCGACAGCUGUUACUAUGUGACCGACAGCUAUAACUAUGUGACCGACAGCUAUCACAAUGUGACCUACAGCUGUUACUAUAUGACCGACAGCUGUUACUAUUUGACUGACAGCUGCUACUAUGUGACCUACAGCUAUUACUAUCUGACCGACAGCUAUAACUAUGUGACCGACAGCUAUCACAAUGUGACCUACAGCUGUUACUAUAUGACCGACAGCUGUUACUAUGUGACUGACAGCUGCUACUAUGUGACUUACAGCUAUUACUAUCUGACCGACAGCUAUUACUUUGUGACCGACAGCUGUUACUAUGUGACCUACAGCUAUUACCACGUGACCGACAGCUAUCACAAUGUGACCUACAGCUGUUACUAUGUAACCGACAGCUGUUACUUUGUGACCGACAGCUGUUACUAUGUGACUGACAGCUGUUACUAUGUGACCGACAGCUGUGUUACUAUGUGA